CAGGGGUCCAGAAAGGACAAAGAGCGUCCUCGCCUCGGCCCCAAAGCCGACGGGGACCAGCCUGCGGAGGGCACGGCAGCGGCUCCCUUGGCCCGGGGGGACCAUGUCCCGGGGGCCGUCCAUUCCGAGCCCCGCUGCAGGCCGGAGCACCCGCACAGCCAGCCUCGCCCGGCCGGCCGGGGCACCGUGCCGCCUGGCUAAUGACCACUGCAAGUUCACCCCGUGUCUCGUGCAGCGCCUGCGGGCUCGGCCCCCAGUUCGGUUUUCCAGGACUGCAGCCCAGGGGCGCCGGCACGGAGUCUCAGAGCAGAGCAGCCAACCAGCCCCGCGCAUCACCCCGCAGCCGGGCGAGAGCUGCGGGGUCAGCGAGCGCCCCUCCACGGCCCACCGCCGUCAGGGGCAGCCGUGCAGACCCCCACUGGACACGAUCAGCAGUCCAGCUCUCAGCGACAGGGCCACGGACCCUGGGACCUCGGGAACCUCUCCCUUCUCAGGCUCGCCUGGGUGGAGUGGUCCACCGUGGAUGCCUGUGGUCAGUGGGCACUCCGCUGGGGCCCCGUCUUCCUUCACGGGACCUCUCUGGGCGGCCUGGCAUCUCAUGGCGUGGAGCUGGCCCGACGAGGGAACAUUCCAGGAGUGCAAGAGGAAGCCGCAUCCAUGGCAACACCCAGCUGGGAAGUUUCGCAGGUCACCUCUGCCUGUUGGCCAUCGCUAACCGCGGGGCUGGCCCACGCUCACAAGAGGAAGCGGCGUCCACCUCCUGACGGGAGGAGCUGGAGACCCUGCAGCUUCUGGGACCCGCCCCCCUCCUCUGUCCCAUCUCCAACCUCUCCCCUCCCGUCCCCCUCCCCACGCCCCGACCCUGAACGAGGGCAGAGCGGUGAGGGGCUCAGGCCUGCCCAGGACCCUCUCAGGGAAGAAGGGCCCAAAGCUACCAGGUCCUGGGAAUGGUGGGGGUGCUGAGGGGAAGGGGGUGGAGAGUCACUGCAAGCCCCCAACACACACUGGGGUCGGGGAGGCUUCCAACCAAGGAGAGGGAGCCUCCCCUGGAGCUGGCUCCGGUGCCCGGCAGCCUCAUUGUGCCAUGAGGCACUGGCGCGUGCCCUGAAGGGCUCAGUGACUCAGUAAGGAAGCACGCGUGGAACCGCAACAGAAGCCACUGGCCUGGACAAAUUGGGUGGCCUAGCAACCUCGGGGGUGUGGGGCGGACCUCGGGCUCCCCUGUUGCCACAGACCCGCCGCAGCAAAUGCCAGCACAGAGCCAUCCAAGGAGGACGCCGUCUCCGGCUGCAACUCCUGCAGCACCAAGAGGUCGAGUCCCCCUGGGGGUAGGCCUGGCCUGUGGGCCCUGCCCUCAGGUAACUGACGGCCCAGGGACCUGCCAGGCACAGUUGGGGCCGGGCCCCUGCAAACCUUCCUCACUUGGUUACACUUCACCAGGCCCAAAGGCGUUGCAUUUGCCCUUUGGCUGCCCUGAGCCCUGCUCUCCACUGGGCAGUGAGGGACCAAACACCCAGCUCUCCACUGGGCAGUGAGGGACUCUGGCCUGGUCCCUCAGCUCCCCAUACAUCAUCAGGGCAAAGGACAGCUGCGCAGGACCAACAUCUGCAAAACGCCCAAGGCCACCCCUGAGCCCCCAACUCCCCCAGAUCUGGCAACCGCUUCCCUCUCUACCUCCGCCCAACACCUGUUUCCUCCAUCCCUCACCCCUCCCUCCUCCAACCAGACUUCACUAGGCACCUUCCCCACAGAAACACCUGAGCUCAGGUCCUGGUGGGACGUCAAGGUGGGCAAGGGUUGGGGAUGGCCAAGCCUCAACAGUGACUGGGGGUCUU